UCCAGUUAUUAUAGAACUCAAUGGUCGAGAACCAGUGCACGCACUAACUGAAGAUUGGACAUGAGGCAGACGGUGGCUGUCAUGUAGCACUGCAUAUUUGGUACUAAUAUGAAUUUGGCACUGCUUUUAACAACACAAUCAUCAGCACAAUUCAUCACCGCAUUCAACUGAAAUUUAUUGAUAAAAACAAUAAAGCAAUAAAGUCCUGUUGAGGGACUUACUCUCUAUUCUCUGCGUGGUCUAUUUUGAAUGAUAAAUUUUAGUUGAAUAUGAUGAUGAUUAUUGUGAUGACUGUUGUAUUGAACGUGGUGCCCAUAUGUGGGUGCCCAUUGUGGUGCCAAAUUCACAGUAGCAAUUGUAAGAUGGAUGCGAAUGCGAGUAACGGGUCACCAAGAGCAGGUCAACUUAUUAACAACAUUUUAGCUCGAGUCGAAGAAUUGUCAGAAGUUAUUUCACCAUGUCGUGAAAACUCUGAAUUAUCGUCUAUAAACGAGGAAGUGGCGCGAUCUUUUAAUCGCGGAGGCCGAGGAUACGACAUAAAUUUACAACAAUCAACAGCAACGUCGAGCACAGGCUUCCAGCUGAUGAAAGAAUGGAAGGGAUAUGAAGUAGAGAUGCAUGUGAGAAAUGCGUUUGGUGACAAACUAAAAGAUCACAAUAUAGAUAUUGAAAUCGUAAUGUCGGUCCACAAUACAUUGCAUCCACCCUGUCUUGCACCGAACCAAACAUUAAAUGGCUUCAUGGUGCACAAAGUGUUCAAAGAUAAACCAAUUUAUGUCAGGCCAUCAGUACAGAUAUUGGAACCAUUAAGCAACAGAAUCAACAAACCUGAACAUUUGAAUGAUCGAGAGGACCUGUGUAUUGUGCAGGAUGACUCAAGUGAUAUGAGUUUCUAAGAUCUGCGUUUACUAAUGAACCUCCUUGCAUGUCUUCAUAUCAACAUCCUGGAGUUGAGGAACACAGUGAAAUGGAAGUGACUAAUAAUCCACCUGCUGUCUAAGAAACCUCUUUGCCAUCUGUUGGUACUAUUUCAGACUGUUCUCACAACAAUGGAAAUGUUCAGAAUGAAGUUCAACCAGAAGAUCCAAAUUCUGUUGAUAUGUCCAAUAUUUCUGCUGUUGAAACUUCAUCAGAAGUGCUUUUGGAAAAUGAAAAUCUGUCAACUCUUUUGGAAAGUGAAAAUCUUCCAACAGGUAACAUUGUGAUACA